GGGUGGGUCAGGAAGUGGGGGCGCGGCGGCCAGGAGCGGGCCCCGGGUGGCCGAGGGGUUCGGCGACGCGGAGGGAGGGACACUCCGGGCCGCGCUGGAGUCGGAGGGCGCCCCGGCCUCCGCAGAGACGAUGGCGGAGGAAGAAGGACCACCUGUAGAGCUGCGCCAAAGAAAAAAGCCAAAGUCUUCAGAAAAUAAGGAAUCUGCCAAAGAAGAGAAAAUCAGUGACAUUCCAGCUCCUGAAAGAGUUCCAAAACAUGUAUUAUUUCAACGCUUUGCAAAGAUUUUCAUUGGCUGUCUUGCAGCGGUUACUAGUGGUAUGAUGUAUGCUCUCUACUUAUCAGCAUACCAUGAACGGAAAUUCUGGUUUUCCAACAGGCAGGAGCUUGAACGGGAAAUCACGUUUCAGGGUGACAGUGCCAUUUAUUAUUCCUAUUAUAAAGAUAUGUUAAAGGCACCUUCAUUUGAAAGAGGUGUUUAUGAACUGACACACAAUAACAAAACUGUAUCUCUGAAGACUAUAAAUGCAGUGCAGCAAAUGUCUUUAUAUCCGGAACUUAUUGCUAGCGUUUUAUACCAAGCCACUGGUAGCAAUGAGAUUAUUGAGCCAGUGUAUUUCUAUAUUGGCAUUGUUUUUGGAUUGCAAGGAAUAUAUGUUACUGCUUUAUUUGUUACAAGUUGGCUUAUGAGUGGAACGUGGCUAGCAGGAAUGCUUACUGUUGCAUGGUUCAUUAUUAACAGGGUAGAUACAACAAGAAUUGAAUACUCCAUUCCUUUAAGAGAAAACUGGGCACUACCAUAUUUUGCAUGCCAAAUUGCUGCACUUACAGGCUAUUUAAAAAGCAACUUAAAUACUUAUGGAGAGAGGUUUUGCUACUUGUUGAUGAGUGCUUCAACUUACACAUUUAUGAUGAUGUGGGAGUAUAGCCAUUAUCUCCUGUUUCUUCAAGCAAUAUCUCUAUUCCUGCUAGACAUCUUUUCACUGAAGCAAAAUGACAAGGUUUAUGAAGUUUAUAAAAUCUACAUAUUUUCCCUCUUUCUGGGAUAUUUACUGCAAUUUGAGAAUCCAGCUUUGUUGGUAUCUCCUUUACUAAGUUUAGUAGCAGCCUUAAUGCUUGCUAAGUGCCUACAGCUGAAUGUGAAGAAAGGAAGUUUUGUAGCUAAAAUAAUAAAAGUGAUUAAUUUUUACUUGGUGUGUACUCUGACAAUAACAUUGAAUAUUAUAAUGAAGAUGUUUGUCCCACACAAAGAAAAUGGGCACAUGCUGAAAUUCCUUGAAGUAAAAUUUGGACUAAAUAUGACUAAGAAUUUUACAAUGAAUUGGCUCCUCUGUCAAGAAUCCCUGCAGGCACCAUCUCAAGAUUUUUUUCUGCGAUUGACACAGUCUUCUUUAUUACCUUUCUAUAUCCUGGUGUUAAUUAUUUGUUUUCUUUCUAUGUUGCAAGUUAUUUUUAGGAGGAUUAAUGGUAAGUCCCUGAAGGAAACUGUUACUCUUGAAGAUGGACGAAUUGGAGAAAGACCAGAAAUAAUUUAUCAUGUAAUUCACACUAUUUUAUUGGGUUCUCUUGCAAUGGUUAUAGAAGGCUUGAAGUACAUCUGGAUUCCUUAUGUGUGCAUGUUAGCAGCAUUUGGUGUAUGUUCUCCUGAACUUUGGAUGACACUUUUCAAGUGGCUUCGAUUAAGAACUGUACACCCAAUAUUGUUGGCUCUUAUUCUGAGCAUGGCUGUGCCUACUAUAAUAGGUCUCAGCUUAUGGAAAGAGUUUUUUCCAAGAUUAAUGACAGAAUUAAUGGAACUACAGGAAUUCUAUGACCCAGAUACAGUGGAACUUAUGACCUGGAUAAAAAGGCAAGCUCCAGUUGCAGCUGUGUUUGCAGGGAGUCCACAGUUAAUGGGUGCGAUUAAAUUAUGCACUGGAUGGAUGGUGACAAGUUUGCCUCUUUACAAUGAUGAUGAUCUUCUCAAGAGAAAUGAAAAUAUCUACCAAAUCUAUUCAAAGCGAUCUGCUGAGGAUAUUUAUAAAAUACUGACAUCUUACAAAGCUAAUUACCUAAUUGUAGAGGAUGCUAUCUGCAAUGAGGUGGGAACCAUGAGAGGCUGUAGGGUUAAAGAUUUAUUAGACAUUGCAAAUGGCCAUAUGGUUUGUGAAGAAGGUGACAAGCUAACCUACUCAAAGUAUGGGCGAUUUUGUCAUGAGGUCAAAAUUAACUAUUCUCCAUAUGUGAAUUAUUUCACUAGAGUAUACUGGAACAGAUCCUACUUUGUAUAUAAAAUCAACACUGUGAUAUCCUUCCAGUCUUGAAAAAUAACAGAGCCUUCAUUCAAAGACUACCUGAAGUAAAACGCAGUUUUCUUCUACCUACUCGGUGUCUUUUGCAGAUCAGAGUAUGGACAUUUGAAAUAUUGCUGCUUCUUUCCCCCUUCUGCUCUUAACUGGAUCCAGAGUUCUGUGGGAAAUAGAAGAUCAAGCAUUACUCUCCUUUGAUUAAAUGUGAUGUAUACCACUCUGCAAUAUUCCAGACAGGUAUCUUCCUUACUGUUACAUGGUCUUUAACACUUUUACUGAUUGCAACAUUUUCCCCAUAAAAUCUUCCUUCCAUUAUAAUAUUGAUCUUGAAUUUGAAUAUGUUCUAGGUCAGAAUACAUUUCUCAAACAUAACAUUUAAUAAAUACUUAAUGUGAUAUAAUUAUUUAAUAGAAGGAAAGAAUUAUUCCUACCUUCAAGCAAGUUUCUGAAGGUAUUUUAUGAUGUAUAACAACUGAAGUUUUACAAUAAAAACUAAUUUAAAUGUUA